GUCCUUCUGAGCCACCGUAGCAGCAAUAAACAAACGACAAGCAGCUGUUUGUUCGUGUUAGUGCUCACGUGGAGGGAUUUGCAGCGUGAAGCGCACUGGAAGUGUCGCAGAAGCAACCAGAUCGGAUCUCAAUGGAGCCUGUCAUAAAAAUAAAUCCAGGGGCGUCGAAAUGGGACAUACGUCAGAAAGUGUGGGACUACAUAGAAGAGAAGAACUUGGCCAACUUUCCAAGGCCUGUCCACAACAGAAUCCCAAACUUCAAGGGCUCAAUUCAAGCAUGCAAUCGACUGACAGAGCUGCAGCAAUUCAAGUCCAGCCAAACAGUCAAAGUAAACCCAGACAGACCCCAGCAGCAGGCACGCUUUGUUACUCUGGAAGCACAUAAAACAUUAUUGGUUCCGACCCCUCGUCUGCGUACCGGUCUUUUCAACAGGAUCACCCCUCCACAGGGUGCCAGCAAAGAGCAGCUGCGCAUAUGCUCCUCAUCCCAGGGAGUAAGAGACUUCAGUGUGCCUGUUGGUCUGGAUGCUAAGGUGAAGGUAGAUUUGGUGGUGGUUGGUUCGGUUGCUGUCUCUGAGAAAGGCUGUCGGAUUGGGAAAGGAGAGGGUUUUGCAGACAUGGAGUAUGCCAUGAUGGUUUCAAUGGGAGCCGUGAAUGAGAACACCGUGGUUGUUACUGUUGUCCACGAUUGCCAGGUGGUUGAUAUUCCAGAGGAGCUCAUGGCCAGUCAUGACUUGACUGUUGACUUCAUACUCACACCCACCAGAGUUAUUGAAACUCACUGCAAGCUACCAAAACCACAGGGCAUCAUCUGGACCAAGCUGGAUGAUGAAAAGCUGGAGAAGAUCCCCAUCCUGAAGAAGCUGCGUGCUCUGGAGGAACAGGCUGGAAAGGAUGUCACCAUGGGGCCGACUUCACCUGGUGUGGAGACUGAUCGACCAAAACAGCAACCCAAGCGGAGGCCGAGGCAAAACCCCCAGCAGGAUGCUGAGGGGGAAGACAGACCGGAGAGAAGAGUAGAGCCAGAACAGAAGGCUAGACAACAAACGGCCAGAGUGAGGAAAGAAAGCAGAGGGGAAGGAAGAGGGGAGAAGGAGAAAGAAGCUGGUAAUGUACCAAAGGGGAAAACCACUAUGAUUGUUAAAGAGCAUGGCCCCCAAGAGGGUGAGGCUGCAAAUGAGAGUAAAUUCCCUCCCAGCGUAACUACAGUUUACCUGGGAGGAAUCCCUGCUGGGCUGCGUGUUAGUGAGCUGAAAACUGCGCUCAGAGAGAAGAAAGCGGCUCCGCUGAGACUCACCUGGCAGGGAGCUCAGCACAGGGCUUUCCUGGAUUACAUUGACCCCCAGGCUGCCGAUCAGGCUUUAGAAGCUCUGCAGGGUCUCAGUCUGAAUGGCCACAAUCUGCAGGCUGAGAUGGCCAAGAGCCAGCGUGGAGGCAGGAGGUCUGGACAGCCCAGUAAGAGACAAAGACCACCCAUUGUUUCAAAGUCUAAAAUACCUCCAGAAACUAAGAGUGGCACUGAGGUUCCUGAGUAAAUAAAGGAAAUACAUUCAAAUUGAACACUGAUGCAUUAACAAAACUGGUUAUUUUUUGAGCAGUUGCAUGAAUCCAGACAAAAUAGUUCUGAAGUUAUAGAGGAAGUUUGACUAAAUGCCAGCAUUUAGUUUUUUCUACUUUCCAUUUUGCAUUUUUAGUGCCUUAGUCAUUUUACUCACAUUUCUCAUUGAAGACUUUCCUUCUCAGCCUGUGAGAUCUUAAUUUAUGCAAACCACAAAGGGUUAUUUUAAUUUGAUCCAAAAAUAUACAUUUGUUGUAACUAAGAUCAGCAUAAUUUUAAUCCACUAAAUCUGCUUCUUUUAUUAAAAAUUUAAUUUAUAUGUAACCGUAAGAGCUGAUCUUGAGCUGCAAACGGCACCAUCAUGUGGUCAGCAUCACAAUCCAUGUUAUCCAGCUGUUUGGAAGCAUGAUCACAAAUGUUACUAGAAAGGUUUCUCUUUGUUGAGAGAAAUAGGCUUUUUUUAUUUAUGUCAUUGUUUGAAAAAGUUGAUACUGUAUCUCCAAAUGUAUCGAAUCCUUCAUAAAAUAUACAUUUUGAAAAAGACAGAUUGAUUUGUUAUGGGGGAAAAAAAUCAUUUUUGUGUGACCAUGGCAACCAAAUCUAAGACUAUGAAAGAUCUUUUUUUUUUGCCGCAAUGUACCAACAUAAAAAAAAGGUCACAUGUAUUUUAUUUGUACUGGAUCCGUUUAAUCGUUUGAUUUUGGUAUAUUGUUGUUGAACGUUAUUAGUGUGUGAAAACAGUUAAGAUAAACAGAAUUCUGUUGCUUUCGGAAAUGUUAUUGCUUAUUUUCUGCCAACUUUCAUUUCAUUUCUCUUAUUCAUGCUGUUAUAACAUCCUGCCCUGUCUGUUGCUUCCAGCAAAUCCUUUUCUUUUUCCCGUACAUGUUCACCUGAAACAUUAACAAAGAAUAAACAUCUUUCUUUAAAUUUCUUCUAAUAUUUUUUUAAAGCAGAUGGCAGGAAACCUCGUGUUCUGUUUUGCAUGAUGCUCUGGUUAAGGGAUGAAACAAUAGUAAAUUUUACAUAAGCAAUUUGGAACAAUAUAUAGUUAUUUUAGUUUAAUUUGUUAUUGUAGUAGGAAAAAGUUAAUGAAGGUAAACUAUUUUUUGUGGAACUGUUACAAAACAAAAAGCCUUUUUUAGUUUCUGCUAAAAUAAGCUUUAAUGAACUACAUUAAUAAAUUGAACCAAACAAUUUAAGAAGUUAUUUGACUGAAAAUACAAUAUACAAUUUCU